CCCCUCCAUCCCCAAUAUCUCGCUUUCUAAUCCUCGCUUGAUCUCAGCAAAAUUCCUCUAUCACUAUUUGUGCUGCUUAAUCCGAACAUAUAUUCCGCACUGUCCGAACCAAACUAUGGAUCAAGAGCUCUUCCACGAUGAAUCAUGGACGGAACCGUGGCGUUCUUCCGAGUUUCCAGCGGGAGAGACUGCACUAGAGAGACGCAGACGAUUUAGGAAAAAACCUGGAUGGUCAAGCGGUUGGAAUGACUGGGUUCCUCGUUUCUUUCAAAUACAGGCCACAAGGGCUGGAGGUUGGCCGUGGGGCUAUGUCAUCUAUCGCACGACCUUUACAGAGACAUCUGAUCAAGACUGGGCCGUCGCGCUCGAGAUACUUGAUCGAUAUUGCCAUGCCGCAAUCAAUAAAUCUAAACGCGUGCCUGAGUUCAGACUCCAGCCAAAUAUUGAUGGAAUUGUCGCUGAAGGUUACCGAAAUGUGAUCAUUCAAGACCCGAGCUUGGAAGGAGCUCCGACGGACAUUAUUCGAAAACGCCAUAUUCAAUGGGUUGAAGAGCGGGGAUUUGAACUUGGACUCGGUACUCCUCGGUUUGACUUUUGCAUUGCUCUGGAUGCCCGCUCCAUAAGGUCUAUUCUGGCAAGCACCGAGCCAGAACAACCUGGUAUGAUCGGCUAUGUUAAUGUUGUUGACUGUACCUUUGAGUAUCAUCCUGAAGACCCCGAUGAUGAAUGUGGAGAGUACUAUGAUGGAUUGGUUAGAGUUAGUUUAAACUCGAUCUUCCAAUUCGCUCUAUCUUCUGAUGACAUCACACCUCAAGAGUCGCCGUGGGGAGAUGGGGGAAUGGAUCGCCCCGGAUGGGUUAUCUAUACAGACGGACAUUGCUCAGCGAUUGAGAAACAGGAAGUCUUUCUUGUUCCCUCCGAUUAUAACCUCUAUCCUAUUUCAUAUAAUCGUGACUGGCCGAGGAAAAAAAACAUGACUGAGUCGCAGUACAAGGAGCGCCUGAAAUUAGCAAUCGCUGGCAGCGAACCCGAAUCUUUUACGCCAGCCAGCGGGGUGUAGCUAGAUUCGACAGGUUUUCACAGCCAGGAAGGCCUUUCAUCUGAAUGAAGCAAGUGGUCUUGAUACAGAGGACAUACGAAUAGGAAAAUGAAUAGGAUCUGGCGGGGACAGCUAUGAUUUAUUGGUAAUUACCAUAUUGUUUGGGGUUGAAUUUAUUUGUUGAAGCAAAAGCCGUUUCACUUUUUAUUCUUUACUCAAUAUACUUCGGCCAUAAAAGCCGAGCUACUGAUUAUUUUCCAGUGUAUAUUCCCAAUGUAUAAGGCCAAAAAGAUUGGCUUGGCCCUAAUAAACACCAUGUCCACCCAUGAUGUAUGUCAAUCCCAUUUCGUAGUCGGCUGUAAGAGCUCACAACACUAGUCAAGUUGCUCGAGAUGAAGGUCAUCCAGGAAUAUAUCACCGAAAUGACCUAGGAGUUCGUCCAGUCUGUCGCGAGUAUUUUGAGCCCGAGUGUUCCAGUCAAUACUCGCCUCUAGGUCAUUGGUCCACCGUGUGCUCAUAUCUCUUAUCACUCUAGUGACAAAUCUUUGGCCUGUCGCUGCCAUGCCGUCUUUUGUUUGCCUGAAAAACCGAUCCCAACGGUCGACCAGGUCGACAUCUUUGCCAUUUGAUGCUUUAUACGCUUUUACAGCGCGUUUCAGGUCUGCACGAAUCCCAUAAUUGACCAUUUUGAAUUUUUCAAGAACCUUGGACAAAUUCUGACAACUAUAGAUGGCGAUUUUCUGACAAACCCAAUGUUAGCUCACUAGCGCUCAAUGCUUCUUUGUUGUGCCACCUACGUUUCUGAUCAAGUCCAGCACCUGGCGAGGAUUAUCAUCCUGAACCAUGCCUUCCCAUUAGUUCUUCAUACCUGGGUUUUGUCCAAGUUCCAGAGAUAGUGUAUAGAAGACUAUUAGUGGUCAAUCAGGUCAAAUCUUCAGCAAGAAGCCAAGGAGCCUACAUCGCCCUUGACCAUAUUGAAGCUUUGCUGGAGCAACCGGAAAGCUUCCUUGUUGGAAUUGCUUCCCAAUUGUUCCAUAACGCAGUUUGUCGGACGCUUGAGGUUCUAAUUGCUUGCUGGAGUCUUAGGUGCAUUUUCAAUGACCUGCUGAGUGAACCAAUCGGCGAAGAAAUCGCAGUCCACGUGGCAGUCGCCAUCUUUAGCAGCCCAUUUCAUAGAAUUCCUAUUCAUUUAACCUCAAUAAUGUGCUCCACUAUUCUCGAAUUUAAAUAUAAAUUGUCUUUCACUGUGUUCUUAGAAAGAGGACUCCCUGUUGAUGUUUUGGGGGGGGG